UUUUUUGGACUUUUAUUCAAUGAAAUCCAAUGAUGGCAUCCCCUUAAAAAAAUUUUUUAUCUCCUUUCCGACAAAGGAAACAAAACGUGGAUAUACUUUCUUCCAGUGGAACACCAUACCUCAAAAUUAAGCUAUGCUCUGCAAACUGAAAAAUGCAAGUUUUGGCCGAGAGCCCAGCCACACAUUGCCAACUAAAUGGUUUUGUAUAUCUCUAGAUACAGAAUUCUCCUAUUCAAUUACCCUCGCUGUUUCCAUCCAAACUUCACGAGAGUCAUUUCUUCGGUAGCUUCUCAAGCAGUUUUGGAACAAAACCCAGUGGAAUCAGACUAUCUAAUACAACCCCAAAACACUAGCAUUACAUUAACCGAGCAGAAACCAAAGCACAUCUCAUGUUUUUCGUGGCAGUCUGUUUCCGAUACUGACAUUGUUUCAACCUACGCUUCUGUAGCCCAGGGCUGCACCAGCACCAGGACACUUAACCAGCUAAACGCCCACAUUAUUGUCUGUGGGAUUGCACAAAAUGUCUUUUUGGGUACUAAACUGGUCCACAUGUAUUCAAAACACGGCAGUCUGGAAAAUGCACGCCAAGUGUUUGACAAAAUGCAAAGGCGAAAUGCUUUCAUAUGGAAUGCCAUUCUCAGAGGUUAUGCGUGGAAUGGACCCUAUGAGGAGACCUUGGCACUGUAUAAUCGCAUGCAGUGUGAAGGCAUAUGGCCAGAUAACUUUGCUUAUGCCUUUGCACUCAAGGCGUGUUCCGUGCUAUCGGCUCUGCAUGAGGGCAAGAAGAUUCAUGGGCAAAUAGUUGUUAGCGGCUUCGAAUCUCAUGUUUUUGUGACGACUGCGUUGCUAGAUAUGUAUGCUAAAUGUUCCAGUGUAGACGAUGCACGCCAAUUGUUUGACAAAAUGCUCCAGAGAGACGUGGUAGCCUGGAAUGCUAUGAUUGCUGCAUAUGCUCAAAAUGAGCGUGCCAAUGAUGCCGUGAUGCUCUUUUGUCGAAUGCGGUGGGAAUACUUACUGGCUGUCUUGCCUGAUUCAGGUACUAUGGUGAACGUCCUCCCGGCGUUUGCUGAGGUGGGGGAUCUGCGACAAGGUAAGUGCAUGCACGGUUAUGUGCUUCGGAAUGGGUUUGAUUUAGAUCCCUUUGUGGGCAAUUCUCUGAUAGAUAUGUAUUCCAAGUGUGGGAGUUUGGUUAUUGCACGACAAAUGUUCGACAAAAUGUCGACGAGAGACGUGGUUUCGUGGAAUGCAAUGAUUGUUGGAUAUGCCCAGAAUGGACAUGCAAGUGAGGCCUUGACGCUUUUUCAUCAAAUGCUAGAGGAAAGUAUUACACCCAAUCCAGUUGCCAUUGCUAGCGUGAUCUCGGCUUGUGCGCAUUUGGGAGCGCUGGAACAGGGCAAGUGGAUUCAUGAUUACAUAAAUAAGAAUACAUUGGAGGUGGAUGUUUUUGUGACAAACUCCCUCAUAGGCAUGUUUUCUAAAUGUGGUAGCUUAGAGUUAGCACGGAAGAUAUUUAAUAAAAUGCCUGUAAGAGAUGUGGUUUCAUGGAAUACUAUGAUUGCCGGUUAUGGAGUACACGGGUGUGGUAAGGAGACACUAGAACUUUUUUCUGAAAUGCAACGAAUUGGAAUGAGGCCAAACCAUAUCACUUUCAUUCAUAUUUUGUCUGCGUGCAGUCAUGGAGGACUUGUAGAUGAGGGAUGCCAAUGCUUUGAUUGCAUGAUUCGAAAAUAUCAAAUCAAACCUAACAUGGAGCACUAUGCAUGCAUGGUUGACCUUCUUGGUCGUGCUGGGAGGCUAGAUGAGGCACAAAGGUUCAUAGAAAACAUGCCAGUAGAACCUGUUGCUGGCGUGUGGGGAACCUUGCUCGGUGCCUGCCGAAUUCACAAGCAUGUUGAGCUGGGAGAACGUGUUGCAGAGCGUGUAUUUAGUUUAGAUCCUACAUAUCCUGGAUACUAUGUGCUACUUUCCAACAUGUAUGCUGAGGUCGGCAGAUGGGGUGAUGUAUUAAGGGUGCGAAGGUUGAUGAAAGAAAGAAAUUUGAAAAAGACACCAGGUUGGAGCACAGUUGAGCUGCAUGGUAAGGUUGAUACAUUUUAUGCAGGAGACAAAUCACAUCCUCAAUCUAAUGAAAUAUAUGCUAUGUUGGAUAGUCUGGCUCAAGAGAUGGAGAAGGCAGGGUACGUGCCCAAUACAAACUUUGUGCUCCAUGACGUGGAGGAGGAAGAGAAGGAAGACAUGCUUUCUAGUCACAGUGAGAAGUUAGCCAUUGCCUUUGUACUCAUAAAUACAAGCCCAGGGACCCCCAUUCGGCUCACUAAAAACCUUAGAGUAUGUGGUGACUGCCACACUGCCACUAAAUUUAUUUCUAAAAUUGUCAGAAGAGAAAUAGUUGUGAGAGAUGCACACCGCUUCCAUCAUUUCAAGGAUGGGUUUUGCUCUUGCAGAGAUUACUGGUAAUGCGAUUUGCACAAGUAUAAACCAAUAGAAAAGCAACAUUAUAUG